AUGCAAGACAUUGGCAGUGGUGGUAGUGACCAUCACGCUGUCAUGACAGUCUUUGAAAUUGACACUGCAGGCGACAUGCUCGCUCGCUUGCUUGGCCAGAACUCCCAGCUUAGCGAAGCAAUCAUAGGAGAGCUUCACGCGGACUUUCCUAAGGAUGACUGGAACGACUUUUGGUGCGGACUUGAAGAGUUUGGUGCAAGCUACAAUCCGGUAGGUGCCAACUACAGACUGGUGCUGCCGCUGGUGUCAGCGUGA